AUGAAUUUAUUAUUGCAAAAUAAUAAAUAUAUUAACAAAAUUUUUAGUUUUAACUUCAGCUUCCAAACAAAGAAUUUGGAAUUUUUUAAAAUUAAUAAUACUUUCCGAACUAUCAUCAGUGAUUCCACUGAAAUUACGCAAUAUAAUCCCUUAACAGCUGAAAAUUGGGUUGAAAAAUGCGUAUUUUACUCUAGGAAUGAAUGUAUAAAGCAUAUUAAACCAGAUAUUGGCAUUUUGAUACGCAAUGAUUUGAAUGCUUUACCAAAUUUAAAUUUUCCUCACAAAAAAAAUGCAUUAACCCAACUCUGUAAGCAUUUAUCAAAUUGGAAUUGCUGUAAUAUUGAAACUUGCAGGUCAAUACGUUCUGAAAUUGAUAAAAUGUCCCUAAAUCCCAUUGAAAAUGAUGGAGUAUUUCAUAUUUAUCUACACGGAGCUAAAGGAUUAAAGAAUAGGAAAAGAAAUGUAAGACUUUGCAGAAUGGCUUUAAACAAAUUUUAUAGACAUGAAGGCAUUGAUAACUUCGACCAAUUAAUAGACUAUUUGGCAGUAAUAGGACUAUACUAUAAACCAGAUUUAUCUACAAAGAGGAGAAUUGAAAGGCUGGUAGUUUCAAUGUUACAAGUAUCCCAUCAAUAUAACAGCGCCAAACUUGCAAUUGCCUGUUCCAGAUUAAAGUUAGACGGAAGGAAGAUAGCCCCAAUUUUAUACAAAAAAAUGCUUGACCCGCAAACUUUAUCACGUAACAAUCGACUUUCUAGAGCCCUCGUAAAGUGGAGAAUUGCUACAAAUUGGCCUAAUUGGCCAAUCGAAUUCUAG